AUGUGCGUCUUUUCCAAAAUUGUCGCGCUGGGCGCCUGUUCUACACUAGCUGCGGCUUGGUUGCCUAAGACCAACAAGGAAAUCACCGCAAGCGAUGGCACAAAUCUGUUCCUGGCAUCUAAGGGCAAGAUACGCGGUGUGAACUUAGGCUCGCAGUUUAUUUUCGAGCCAUGGAUUGGCGAGAACGCCUGGAAUGACAUGGGCUGCGACGCGGCCAACAUCGCCUUCCCGAAACACUGGGCCAGCUGGAUCACCCAGGACGACAUCACCGAGAUGGUCAGCUAUGGUCUGAACACUAUUCGUGUACCUGUUGGAUACUGGCUCCGCGAAGUCUUGGUCUAUUCAGAUAGCGAGCACUUCCCCCAAGGCGGCCUGGACUAUGUGAAGAAUCUUUGCGGCUGGGCGAGCGAUGCUGGCAUGUACAUCAUCAGGGACCUGCGUGCUGCCCCUGAGGCGCAGACACCCCGGAAUGCCUUUACAGGUCAGAUGGCCCCGGAGGCCGGGUUCUAUCGCAUUCGAGCCAAUGAGGCCAGCGCCGGCAUCGACAAGAACGACUAUCUCCACAUCCAGAUGAUGGACAAGCUUUGGGGUUCCGGAGACCCAAAUCAGUACCUCGAUGACCUGUACUAUGCCGCCUACGACGACCAUCGAUACCUCAAAUGGGAUACUAGCGUCGAUGUCUCCCACGGUAGCUACAUCAGGGAGUCUUGCAAUGACAACCGUGACAGCAACAACCCCACAAUUGUGGGCGAAUGGAGUCUCGCUCUUCCUGAUAAUGUCCAGUCGACAUCGGACUGGAACCCAAGCUCAAACAUGGACUUUUACAAGAAGUGGUUUGCGGCGCAGGUACACUCGUAUUAA